CGCAAGCGGAAGUGCGCGGCUCCGAGCACACAGAUGUGUAAAUAGAGGUAAAUGUGCGCCAACUGAAGCUAGCGGCCGAGAUGUCCACCGGAGUAGGGAAACAUAAGCUUCUGUCCCUUGGGCCGACAGAGCCGUGGUCCAUCCGGGAGAAGCUGUGCCUGGCUUCCUCAGUGAUGAGGAGCGGAGAUCAGAACUGGGUGUCAGUGAGCAGAGCCAUCAAACCUUUCUCUGAGCCAGGCCGCCCUCCAGACUGGUUUUCUCAAAAGCACUGCGCUUCCCAGUAUUCAGAGCUGCUGGAGACCACAGAGGCCCCAAAGCGGAAGCGUGGUGAAAAAGGAGAAGUGGUAGAGACCAUCGAGGAUGUGAUUGUGCGCAGGCUCACGGCAGAGAGGAUAGAUGAGCUCAAAAGACUCCUCAAAGACACCCAGGAGAAAUACAGGAAGCUGAAGAAGGAGGUGGAUUUGAUUCAGGCAGGACACAUGGACUCCAAACUAGAGGAGCUAUGGAUAGAGAUUGAACAAAAAAAGAAGCAGGAGGAAGAAGAGGCUGAGCAGAAGAGGAGAGCUACAGAGUCGGCCUAUCAGGCACGACAAGCCGCUAAAAACACAAAGAGGCACCCGAGCAUCACUGUCCGCUCUCCACUGGGGGCCAGUUCACCCAGCAUGGACCUCCCACAACCUGACACCCCUCAGCCGAUGAUAGACGAGUCCUGUCCCAGUCCUAUGGCACAGGGAGUGCCAGUGUUCAUGCCUGUGUCUGAGUCAACUGGCCCAGUGCAUAAAGAGGGAGGCCUGGGUGCUCUGAUAGAGGAAUCCCCACAGAAGAAGCUCCCGAAUCAGAAGGCCACGCCCCCACCUUCGCCUUUGCUGUCUGAGCUGCUGAAGAAAGGAAGCCUCCUAUCAGCCAGCCCCAGACUGGUGGUGGAGGGUGAGAUGGCUGCAGCUCUCAGUAAUGGUGCUCAUGGUGUGGACAUUCAUGUCCCUGCAGCUGUUCAUUCCACCAGCCAUGACGUCUCGACAGAUGCACCAACAUUAUCGCGUUUGUUGGAAUGUGCUCCCCAAGUCCAGAUGCCAGCCAGCGCUGAGCCCUCUAACCCCCCCACUGUAGCUCCUCCUGCUUCCGGACACCUCUUUAUACCCAGCACAGGAGCUGCAGUAACAGAAUGUUCUGGUCCAGAGUUGGUUCUGGCGGUGCAGUCUGGGUCAGAGCAGACGGACGGGAGAGAGGGAGAGCUGGUGGAGGACCUGGUGGCUGUGCCUUACAUAGAGGACGAGUUGGACCUGGAGACAGUCGGGGAUAUUAUAGCCAUUAUUGAAGAAAAGGUGGAUGAGUCGGUGGAGGCGCUGGAUGCGGCAGCAGUGGAGGCUGCUCUCUCUCUCUGCGAGGAGGCGGUGGCCGGGGGCCACCCUCUCUCAGACCCCUGGGAAUCCCAGCCCUUUAAACCACCUGAGCCAGAGUCCAGAGUUUUCCCUGGUCCCCAGCUUAGCUCUCCCUCAUCUGCACCCACCACUAUCGUAGUGGAAUCUGUAAUGGUGGAAGAAGUAGGACAGACCGGAGUUUCCGAGAUGCCCUUGGAGGACCCUGAUUCCGCACCUCCAGCAGUUCCAGGAAACGUACGCGAGCCUGAGACGGCAGCUGACGAAGAAAGGGAUGGAGAGGAGGAUGGAGCGAGGGAGGAAGAGCAGACGGAGAACAGAACACCCAGUCCAUCUGUGAAGUGCGAGAGUGAGGAGUGGACGCAGCCAGAAGCUGAGACGCCAUGCCUUGACUCGGAGGACAGCUCUGCCUCCGUGAGAGACCCAAAAGAGGUGAAGGAUGAAGAUGGAGGGAGUGAGGUGGAUGCAGAUGAAGGGAUGGAGAUGAAAGAAUGCGGAGAGGGGCCAUAUCUUUCAGAGGUGGACCCACCGGCCAGCGAGAGUGAGGACGGGUACGGCACUAACUCCCAACGCUACACCACCGCGGACUCCACCGCCAGCAGCCCCGCUUCAUCCCAGUUUUCAAUGUGUAGUGAGGAUCAGGAGGCAUUGCAGGCCCAAAAAAUCUGGAAGAAGGCCAUCAUGCUGGUGUGGCGUGCAGCAGCCAAUCACAGGUAUGCGAGUGUGUUUCUGCAGCCUGUAUCCGAUGACAUCGCUCCUGGCUACCACAGCAUCGUACACAGGCCCAUGGACCUAUCUGCAAUCAAGAAGAACAUCGAGACAGGGCAGAUCCGCACGACAGCCGAGUUCCAGCGAGACAUCAUGCUAAUGUUUCAGAACGCCGUCAUGUACAACAGCUCCGACCAUGACGUCUACCACAUGGCCCUGGAGAUGCAGCGCGAUGUCCUGGAGCAGAUCCAGCAGUUCCUGGCCACUCAGCUCAUUAUGCAGACGUCUGAAUCAGGCAUCAGUGCCAAGAGCCUGCGCGGGAGGGAGGCCAACCGUAAACAAGACCCUAAUGACAAGAGCCUGAGCCCAGCACACAAAGAUGCACAUUUAGAGCCAGAACCAGCUGCCAUGCCCAGAAGGAAAAGGAACAACUCCAAACAAGAUACUAACAAACAGGACAGUCUCCCCAUGGCCUCUCCUGCUUUCCUUCUCUCUCUCUUUGAUGGAGGCACCAGGGGGCGCCGCAGUGCUAUAGAGGCUGACAUGAAGAUGAAGAAAUGAACAGAAAGUCCACAAGGCCUUAAGGACCGAUCUCUCUUUCUGUCUGUCUCUCUCACCCAGAAUGAAUCUGGGGUUAUUACACAACAGACUGGUGCUCUCAUGUGGAGCAGAGUGUGUGUGGAAUUGAUCUUGGUAAUCUGUCCUACCUUCACACUAGCAAGCAACAAGUCGCUCGCAUGCUUAUAUUUUGUCUAUUGUGAAAAGCAGUAAUAGCUAUACAUGGCUUCUAAAGCUUUGAUGUUAAAAACAAAUUAAAUAUAGCACUAAUUGGUGUGCAGUUUGUUUUAUGUUAUGUGCUCAGCUUUGUAUUACCUUCAUUGGCAGAUUAGCAAAGCAAGAUAGCUGUACUAGCUACGUACACCAGAGGCACCAAUGAUCUCUGCUUCUUCCUUCCAAGCUUCAUUUUUCUUCGUAAUGCCUCUGUACACAUUUAAUGACAGGGCGUGUAUGACUGGAUAAGAUGAAACCAUGCUUAGUUCUUCUUCCACUUUUGCGUUAUCAGAAUUCGGGACUAAUUGCAGGUAGGAGCUAAAGUUGCGAAUGGGGAACUGAAGAAACGUAAGAUCACAAGCACUAUAGGAUUGGUCCAAGGCACUCGUUUGGAUUUGUUUCUUUACAGCAUCAUACAUAAUUUGCAUAGAAUUGCAAAAAAAAAAAAAAAUCAAUUCAAUUCAAAUCAUUGAAAUUGCAGCUCCGUGUGACGCACAUAGAAAAUGAACGGUCAUCUGUCGAUUUGUCUCCUGCUAGUGUGAACGUAGGGUACGGCUUUGUUUUUGGGCUGCUCAUGAUCACGACCGUCUAUCUUCAUUCUCUGAUCUGGAUGUGAAAGUUUCUCAGUGUGUAUUAGUCCUGAGACUCUACAGCUGCAUGUGUCUUGAACACGGUGUCAGCUUCAGCAUAAGGAACAGCAUUAGGUGCUGGAGAAGCUUCAUCAUCUUGGUUCAUGAUCAUAAAUUGUUUGUAAAGGUGUUUUGAGGAGCUGGAUAGAUAGGUGUGUGUGUGUGUGUGUGUGUGUGUGGGAGGGAUUAGUCAUGCUAUCAGCAGUAUGGUCUUUUCCAGGACACAGUGUCACUGGUCUCAUUAGAAGAGGAUGUUGUUCCUAAAGCUGAAGUCAGCAUUAUUUCUUUGCUGAAUCAGAAUAAAUUGAGCCAGAGUAGACGUAAAUUCAUCAUUAAUAAAGGAAAAGGUUUGUCAAAAAAAUUAUUAAAAAAAUAAAGUCAGAGAUCAGCCAGUCGAUCAGUGUUUGGUGUCCAAGGUUUUGCUACAGUGCCAGUGUAGCUUGCCAUCGUGCAGUCUCAGCAGUGUGGUUUAGGACACAGUGUGACUUGCUGUAAUCUGUUAAACAUGAACAAAACUUCACCGUGUAGCUGAACACUGCCAUCUUAGACAACUGGAACCACUUAACAUCAUUCCAUUUUAUUUGUAAAUACAAGAUAGCAUAGCUGAUGAAUAUUUGGGCAGCAUUAUAUGCUCACCAGCUUCUGUAUCAAGAACAUUCAUGCAGUUAUCCAACCAUCCAAUCACACGGCAGCAGCAUAAUGAAUGAAAUCAUGCAGAUACAGGUCAAGAGCUUCAGGUAAUAGCAGGUGAAGAUUAAAAAAGACCAGGCGAUAUUUUUCUAAUCUUCAGCUGUCCAGUUUUGGUGCCCUCUGUAACCUCAGAUUCCUGUUCUUAGCUGACAGGAGAGAAACCUGAUGUGGUCUUCUGGUGUUGUAGUCUGUUUGCCUCAAGGUUUGAGAUGAUGUGCAUGCUGAGAUGCUUUUCUGCUCACCACGUUUGUAAAGAGUAGUUAUUUGCUGUAUCUUCAUGAUUGUGCUGAUGCCACAUGAUUGGCUGAUUGGAUAACUGCAUGAAGGUACAGGUGUUCCUAAUAAAGUGAGUAUUUACUCCAGUGAAAAAUGAAAGAAUCUGAUGUUGGACGUCAAGCAUGUUUUGGCUGACUGGGGUAAAAGGAACAUUGUGUACAUUUUAUUUGUUUAACAAUUCUUUUAGUCUACUCAGUUUAUACUUCAGUAGGUGUGCACUGUGUCUGCGCUCAAAUGACAACUUGUGGAUAAAAUAAAUUCCUAAAAGAGGUUACACUUAGCAAAAGAAACUUUCUAUAUAAAAAACAUGUACAUGUAAAUGAAGCUAUUUUCUUCUUGUUUUAAUUUAUGUGAGUUAAUAAAACUUUAGAAAUCUGA